AUGGCUACUACGUCGCAUAUGUUUAUGUACUCCCUGACGAUCCAGCCUCCGACUGCUGUUACCCAAGCAAUCUUGGGUCAGUUUGCUGGAACCAGGGAGCAGCAAAUCGUCACCGCUUCAGGCUCGAAACUUACCAUCCAUCGUCCCGAUCCCACGCAGGGCAAGAUCACACCGAUCUUCUCUCAGGAUGUCUUUGGUAUUAUCCGCUCCCUGGCUGCCUUCAGGCUGGCUGGAAGUAGCAAAGACUAUAUCAUCAUUGGUUCCGAUUCGGGACGCAUUACCAUCAUUGAAUAUGUCCCAUCGCGUAAUCGGUUUAACCGCAUCCAUCUCGAGACCUUUGGGAAGUCAGGUGUGCGCCGAGUGAUCCCGGGUCAGUACCUGACAGUCGACCCUAAGGGCAGGGCAUGCCUGAUCGCAUCGAUUGAGAAAAAUAAGCUUGUCUACGUUCUCAAUCGGAAUGCGCAAGCCGAGCUGACCAUCUCGUCGCCGCUCGAAGCCCACAAGCCUCAGACCCUAGUCUUCGCAAUGACAGCACUGGAUGUUGGCUAUGAGAACCCCAUCUUUGCAGCUCUCGAGGUGGAUUACUCCGAGUCCGAUCAAGAUCCGACGGGCCAGGCGUAUGCCGAAGCAGAAAAGCUGUUGGUGUAUUACGAGCUCGAUUUGGGACUCAACCACGUGGUUCGUAAAUGGGCCGACCCCGUCGAUCGUACGUCAACAAUGCUCUUCCAGGUUCCUGGAGGAGCUGAUGGCCCAAGUGGCGUCUUAGUUUGCGGAGAGGAUAAUAUUACCUAUCGCCACUCAAACCAGGAUGCUUUUCGGGUACCGAUUCCUCGUCGCAGCGGCCCGACGGAAAAUCCAGAGCGUAAGCGGUAUAUCGUCGCAGGUGUCAUGCAUAAAAUGCGAGGCGCGUUUUUUUUCCUUUUGCAGACCGAAGAUGGCGAUUUGUUUAAACUCACUUUCGACAUGGUGGAGGAUGAUAAUGGCCAGUGGACAGGCGAGGUACGAAGAAUUAAAAUCAAAUAUUUCGACACUGUCCCUGUCGCAUCGAGUCUGUUGAUUUUGAAGAGUGGUUUCCUCUAUGUUGCAAGUGAGACGGGCAACCAUCAUUUCUACCAGUUUGAGAAGCUUGGUGAUGAUGAUGAAGAGACCGAGUUCACUAGUGACUCAUUCUCUGCUGAUACCUCUGUUCCCUAUGAGGCCGCUUUCUUCCAUCCUCGGGGUGCUGAAAACUUGAAUCUCGUGGAUACAAUCAAUUCCUUGAAUCCAUUGAUGGAUUGCAAGGUUGCAAAUGUUACCGAGGAUGAUGCACCGCAUAUGUACGCUAUUUGCGGCACUGGCGCUCGGAGUACUUUCAGGACUCUUAAGCAUGGCUUAGAAGUAUCUGAAAUCGUCGAAUCUGAACUGCCCAGUGUGCCUACUGCCGUUUGGACAACGAAACUCACCCGGGCAGAUGAAUUUGACGCUUACAUCAUUCUUUCUUUUGCCAAUGGCACGCUCGUUCUAAGCAUUGGUGAAACAGUCUUAGAGGUUUCGGACACCGGAUUUCUCUCAACCGCCCCUACUCUGGCCGUCCAACAGCUUGGCGAAGACUCCCUGAUACAGGUCCAUCCACGCGGUAUCCGGCAUAUCCUUGCCGACCGACGCGUUAACGAGUGGCCUGCUCCCCAACACCGGACAAUUGUUGCGGCUACAACAAACGAGCGUCAGGUAGCAAUUGCCUUGAGCUCGGGCGAAAUUGUCUACUUCGAAAUGGACGUGGAUGGCUCACUUGCUGAAUACGAUGAGAGACGCCAGAUGUCUGGCACCGUCACUUGCUUGAGCCUAGGCGAGGUCCCGGAGGGCCGCGUUCGUAGUUCAUUCUUGGCUGUUGGGUGUGAUGACUCGACAGUCCGCAUUUUGAGCUUAGAUCCUGACUCAACUCUGGAGAACAAGUCUGUUCAAGCUCUAACUUCCGCUCCUUCUGCCCUUAAUAUUAUGUCCAUGGCCGAUUCCAGUUCAGGAGGCGUGACUCCCUACCUGCAUAUUGGUCUUUACUCUGGUGUCUACCUUCGAACUGUGCUGGAUGAAGUAACUGGCGAGCUUUCGGAUACUCGGACGCGUUUCCUGGGAGCCAAACCUGUCAAACUAUUCCGUGUCUCUGUUAAAGGCCAGACUGCUGUCCUUGCUCUAAGCUCUCGUCCCUGGCUGGGCUAUUCUGAUGUCCAGACUAAGGGCUUCAUGCUCACGCCCUUGGAUUACGUGGGCCUGGAAUGGGGAUGGAACUUCUCCAGUGAACAGUGUGUGGAGGGUAUGGUCGGUAUUCAAGGGCAAAACCUUCGGAUAUUCUCUAUCGAGAAACUCGACAACAACAUGCUCCAAGAGUCUAUUCCUCUCGCGUAUACGCCCCGACAUUUUGUGAAACACCCAGAACUGCCGCUUUUCUAUGUAGUUGAGUCUGACAGUAAUGUUCUGUCACCUGCGACAAGGGAACGAUUACUCGAGGAUUCCAAGGCUCGCAAUGGAGAAGCUGCAAUUCUUCCACCAGAAGAAUUUGGCUAUCCUCGAGGUAUUGGCCACUGGGCGUCAUGCGUCCAGGUCGUUGAUCCGGUCAAUUCCAAGUCGGUGGUCUCGACCAUCGAGCUUGAAGAGAACGAGGCUGCAGUCAGUAUAGCUGCAGUUUCUUUUUCCAGCCAAGAUGAUGAGACAUUCCUUGUCGUGGGAACAGGGAAAGACAUGGUCGCCAGCCCGCGCUCCUUUUCCGCUGGUUUUAUUCACAUUUACAGAUUCCAAGAGGAUGGUAGGGAGCUCGAAUUCAUCCACAAGACGAAAAUAGAAGAGCCUCCUCUUGCUCUUCUUGGAUUCCAAGGCCGUCUGCUUGCGGGUGUGGGCUCAAUUCUCCGAAUAUAUGACCUGGGAAUGAAACAGCUACUCCGCAAAUGCCAGGCCACCGUUGUCCCAAGAUUGAUCGUUGGUCUCCAGACGCAAGGCAGCAGAAUUGUUGUCAGCGAUGUUCAAGAAAGCGUCACGUAUGUUGUUUAUAAAUAUCAGGAUAAUCGUCUCAUCCCUUUUGUAGAUGACUCGAUUCCUCGCUGGACAACCACAUCUACCAUGGUCGAUUAUGAAACAACCGCCGGUGGCGACAAAUUCGGCAAUAUUUGGCUGGUGCGCUGCCCCAAAAAGAUUUCAGAUGAAUCAGACGAGGAGGGGUCCGGCGCACAUCUCAUCCAUGAACGUGGGUACUUGAAUGGCACCCCGAACCGCCUGGACUUGAUGGUCCAUUUCUACUCCCAGGACAUACCCACAAGCCUGCAAAAGUGCCAACUUGUUGCCGGUGGACGCGAUAUACUUGUCUGGACUGGGUUCCAGGGCACGGUUGGGAUGCUGGUGCCAUUUAUUAGCCGAGAAGAUGUCGACUUCUUCCAGAGUCUCGAGAUGCAGUUGGCAGCUCAACAUCCGCCCCUCGCUGGACGAGACCAUUUAAUAUACCGAAGUUAUUACGCCCCUGUCAAAGGCGUCAUUGAUGGGGACCUGUGCGAGAUGUAUUUUCUAUUGCCUAACGAUACAAAGAUGAUGAUCGCCGCGGAGCUGGAUCGUUCCGUCCGGGAAAUCGAACGGAAAAUAUCCGAUAUGAGGACGAGGGUGGCGUAUUGA